AUGGAUGACUUGCAUCCUCUAUACAGAUAUAUUUCUUUGCGGCCAGACAUCAAACGUGCGCCUGCCUUAAAACUGGCAUAUGAAAUCACAAAAGCAAAUCUACAUGGGAACUAUGUGAGAACCUGCAAACUUGCGGAGAAACUGUGUCCUCUUACAUUCUGUGCAUUCUGUUUGUAUCUACCAACACUGCAAAGAGAUGCUUUAAGGGUGAUAGGUCUGGCGUACAGCAGCCGAGCGGGAAGUGUUCCGGCAUCGGUCCUGCGCCGCUGGGUCGGUUUCAGUGACGAGGAGGCAACAAAGGCAGCCUGUGACUAUUAUGGACUCCGCGUUGAAAAAGAUCAAAUCCAUAUUACUAAAGGCGCUUUUAAGAGCGACGCCGAACUGUUUAAACCAAAGAUCGAUAUGCGAGUAAAUUUACGAUUCGAAGAGGUCCUC